AUGAAUAAUGAUGAUGCCGUUGGAGAGAAAUCGAGCCCCACACUUUUGCAACAUGUGAUGACCGUGAACCCCGGCCGUCAUGGCCUUCCCAGCUAUCUUUUCACGCCUAGACGGCGAUCUGGCUGUCACUUUUCUCGUGUACGAACGAGGCAGAUAGCUUCAAUCGCACCAAAGGGACCUCGCGUGCACGAAACUAUCCAGCUGCCCAUAGGUGUGAGCGGGCGUGUCAGACUUGAUGCUUGGGCUCCCUCACCCUCCGCGACAGGAGAGAAUGGCCAACGAAACAUACUUGUCCACCUACCUCGUGGGCCUGACCCGAAUGGCCUAACUCGAUCAACUACCGGCGAGCUAGCAUGGCUACAAACACAACUCUCUCCGACUACUUCCCUAGUCAGCAUCAACUACAGACUUGGAGCGGACGCGCAGGGUGAACCGACGACUUUCCCGAUUCCGAUCCACGAUGUCGCAACAGCCUUCGCACACCUUACCUCGUCUACGUCGCCUUUCAAUUCAGGUCAAAAUGAUCCGGCCAAGAUUUGUCUACUUGGUAGCCAUAUCGGCGGUGCGUUGGCGACAAUGCUUGCCCUCACCGAGGCCAACGAUGUCCACGCUGCGGCUGUGGUAGAACCACUGGUCGACUGGGUCGGCUUGGACGAGAUUGUAGAACAACUGCGCGCUGGAGAGGACGCACCACGGAAACGGCAGAGACACAAGAGCAACGUUCGUUUUGGCGCUAACGACCAAUCUGUGCUCGCCGCAGCCGAGGACUUGAUCAAGCUACGAGCGCAGUUAUUUCCUACCCCAUCGUCAUACUUCGACCCAUUCGCCAGCCCUGUGCUGUUUCUGCGAGCUCCAGGGAGAGACACUCCGCUUAGCAACACCGUCGGCGAUCAGAUGGUCGAGGAUUUAGGCCUAGACGAGAUUCGUGGUGGGUACGGCAGUGACAAUUUGCCCAGGUCUUCCAAGGGAGACUCGACCUCAGCGUCUGCCUCAGCAGCCCCAGCUCCUGGCGAUCCCAACGCGACCUUUGUCUCGGACAUAAUGACUUCAGCUACGACAUCAUCUCAGACUCCGCGUCGACGACGUAAAGUCCUCCAGCGUUGGCCCUCGGUGGGUCGUCCAGAGUCUACACUGCUUCCACGUGUGAAGGUGUUUGUAGGAGCGCUGCAGAACCAUCCCGAUGCCGAGUCUCAAUUUGUAGAUCCACGGCUAGGGCACACAGCGCUGAUGCGCGCUCAAGGCAGUGAGUUGGUCGAGUUGAUGCGCAGGGCGUGUUUUUUUGGGAGGGAGAAAGGCUUUGCUGAGGAUAGAGUCCAGCUUCACGACGAACCGGCCAUCACUGCAGAGUCUGCAGAGGAGGUUGACUCUUAUGGCAAGACAAGCAGCAGCACUGCGUCGAGCAUGCCUGAAAGUGCUGUGAAGUGGGCCCAGGCCAUGUUUCGAAGCGAUUAG